AUCUUUCUGAAAAACGUUAAACAUUUGAAAACGGACAACUGACGAUGCAUUAUUAUCACUUUAUCUUAUGAAGCAAUUAUGAACAUGAAGCCUUUUAUUUUCUUUAAAAGUACAAAUUCAAAGAAAAAUUGUAGAAAGUGUACAUGUUUUAAAUAUACCUAAGGUAAAGGUACAUUUAAUAACUAAGAAACAUUUUAAGUUUUACAGCAAUUAUAAUUCAUGCACUGGAUGAGAAUAAUACAUGAUGGAUGAAUAAUGCAUGUAAUAGCCUAUCUGUAUCAUUAUAAAUCUCACUUUAUAAACCUUGAUGAUAAAUGUGUGGACAUAAAAACCUGGACUGAUUACCUUACAUCUCACACUGCAGACUGCGUGAAGUAUUGUUUUAUACAGCUUGUGAAUUGAUUGAUCUUUUUCAAAUAAUGUAAAAAUAUUAGAAAGCUAUGUACUGCACCCAUUUCCAGGAGACAAGAAACUUGCCUUGAUUGCUAGAAGGCAAGGCAACUAUGUUUACUUUCAGAAAAAAUGGCAGCAAGGAAGAAAAAAGUCAUUUUGGAUGUUGAUACUGGAGUGGAUGAUGCACAUGCAAUAAUCCUUGCCCUUACACACCCUUCUGUUGAUGUUGUUGCCAUCACAUGUGCCAAUGGAAAUCUCAAGAUUGAUGAUGUGGUUGCCAACACUUUCCGAGUGUUACAGACUUGCAAAAGAUUUGAUGUACCUGUGUUCAAGGGUGCAGCAAGGACACUACUGGGCAAGGUUUCACCUAGCGACAAUUAUUCUGCUGAAGUUUGGAAGACACCAGUAGAUUUGAGUAAACUUCAGUCUGAGCAUGCUGCCAUUGCUCUCGUACGUUUUGCAAAUCAGUUUCCAGGGGAGAUAACAUUAGUAGCACUGGCGCCUCUGACAAAUGUAGCCAUGGCUUUGAACCUUGACCCCAACUUUUCAGAGAAACUUCAUGACAUUAUCAUCAUGGGUGGCAACAUAGGAGCUCGAGGCAGAGUAAGUCCAUGUGCUGAGUUCAAUUUUUUCACUGAUCCUGAAGCUGCCUUUAUUGUUCUUAAGUCAGCUGCAAGAAUUCGGCUUCUUCCAUACGAAGUCUGUUUGAAUCACCACUUGUCUUGGGAGUUUGUCGAAGAGUGGACUGGUGCAGACAAUGAAAUAUCUAGAUUUUUGCAAGACUCAAUGGAGACACCAAUCCAGACUGCUAAAUCAGAAAGUACUAUUGGCUUUAAGUCGUGUGAUGGUUAUGCCCUAGCAGUGUUUCUUGAUGACAGUGUUGUAAAAGAAUCCCAAAAGAUCUAUGGUACGGUUGAGCUGAAUGGAUAUUUCACUCGAGGUCAGAUGGUUGUAGAUUGGUACAACGCCAUGAAAGAAAAAGAAAACAUCUGUGUCAUUCUUGAAUUGAACCUGAAAAUGAUAGAAGAACUAUUUAGGAGCAUGAUCACUAGAAAUAAAUUCUAAAUUACUUGUUAGCAACGAUUGCUAUUAAAUAUUUUUACAACAAACUGUUCAGUUAAAAAAAAAAAUGAUAAAUGCCAUUUGAAAACUAAAGAGUUCAACAUUUACUUUUGGUGUAUUAAAGCCUUUCAGUAGUAAACUACUAAACCUUUUGUUGCCUGUUAAUCUUUCCUUGUUUUUCCUGUGUACAACCUGUCAUUGUUUUUCCUGUGUAUAACCCAUGUUAUUUUUCUACCUGUGUACAACCCAUCAUUGUUCUUGUCUGUUGUGCUUUCCUUGUGUACCAAAUGUAAACAUUGAGGGGAUGAUCCCUCUACUCCAGGGGUGGACAAUUAAUUUUCCCAAGGGGCCGCAUGAGACAUUGGGAUGGUUUCAGAGGGCCGGACUAAUAUAGUUAACUCAGUUUUACCCAAUACUGUAUAUGUAGUAUAUAUACUGGCGGGCGGGCCAGCGGGCGGCCCGGUCAGAGACAGGAGGCGGGCCGGUGUUUGCCCAGGUCUGCUCUACUCUGUAAAUUGUACUUCAGAGUGGUGUGUGUGUUUGACUGUUUAUGACUGCAGUCAUGCAAAUUAUGUAAUGUAUAAUAAAUAUGUCAAUAUUUACCCAGAUGCAGGUAUGCUUAUGUGUGUUGGGUAGGUGGGAAAUUUUGCAAAACGCAAAAGUAAAAUUUUGCAAAUAUUUACCUGACUGGAAAAAGAGCUUACAUGAGUGGCUUGCUGGCUGAAACAUAUUGGGUACAAUCAUUAUAAUAGUCAUUUUCAUAAUUAUCAUCAGAAAUGUACAUUUCCUGACUGAAUGCUGUAGGUACAGGACACAACACUACUUAGGAAACCAAGUUACUGACCCUUACACAACACAAAGUGAGAGGGGGGACUUCAACUAAUGCACUGCAUCAUAGCAAAGCACCUGGGGCUGUAAAUGGGUGACAUAUGCAGAGAGAGAGAACAUUGUGUGUAAGAUGAAAGCUAAACCCAGGACAGCCAGUUAUCACUGUAUUGGUUACAGGCGCUAACUGUUGCUAACCAACGAGUCAGAGGGAGAGAUGGUGUGAAAGGAUGACAACCAGUUACAGGAGUUAUUUACGAAAUAGGAGACCACCAGUUGGUAUUAUUUACCAAGGAGGUAGAAGGUCGCCAUCUCCAAUAAAAUAUUUGUUGAAGAGCACUUUGACAGUCCACUCUAUUUUAUUCUCUCUGUAAUUCACUUUCUCUCAUGAUGCAAUUUUUUUCGAAGAGAAGGGAACAAAGGUAAUUUCAAUUAUCUGGAAGCUUCUGAUCAAUCACAACUCUUUUUUCUGGAGAUUGUCGCCUGAAUACACACCAUGCACAUAGAAAGGUCAUAAUUGUCCACAUAAUUCAACACGUUACACAUGAUAACGGUUUACGUCCCUUCUCUAAGUUUUGCCUUGAUAGCCAGAAGCUGUUUUAUGAUGUAAUGAUUUUCCAUAUAUGGAGUUGAUAUUUAGGAUAAUGGUGGAUGAGCUGUGUUUGUGUCUGUGAGAGGGUAGUAACAUUCGCAAAUGAUGCUUUUUGAAGUGCAUAUAUAUGUGUGUCUAGAAUUUGAGAAUAACUGGUUUCGACAUUACUUAUUACUGGAUUGUAUGCACAGCUGUAUUAAAAUUGUGAAAUUAUUUUCUUAUAUACUCACACCCUUGCUGGAGCUAUGCCCUUAAAGUAAUAAAGAAUCCAUCUAAUACAUAC